GGUUGCCAUCAGCUGGUUUCUGUUUACAGGCGAUUGUUGCCAUGGCUGUUAUUAAAGUUUCCAUUCGCUAAGCACAAUUAAGUUAAAAAUACGCGUUAAAUGCGUGCAAACAUGUUUGUUUUUAUUGUAUUAGCGAAGCAAAAAGUACGCCACCUGUGAAAGUUUGUUUUUCAGUUCCAUACAAAGCAUACCCAUGGAAGAUUCAAUGUCUUCGGAAUGUCUACAAAAGCGUUUGCUCUGUUGUUUACAAGUUGUACGUCAAUAUGAUUGGCUUAUAAAUGCAUACGUUUUGGAUUAUUAUGUGGACAAUCAUUGGGAGAAGCUACCACGUUGCUGGCGUUCACAUUUGGAGAAUGUGCAACUUGAAGAGCUCAGUACUCUUUUAAAUUUCAACGAUUCUGCUGAGCAGCAUCAUGCCAAUGUCUGGCCAUUAACGUUGUUGGCCUUGCGCCGUCUAUUACAAGAAUUGUGUUUGCCAAGAAGACUGCAUAAGAACACAGUAGAGCUGAGUAAAAACCGCAGCGCUCUGCUUAAUCACCCAAAACUAAAGCACGUCUUUAAUAAAUGCGUCAAGCCUAAGAAGCGGCAUGAAAUCGAUGUGAUGGGCCCGAUUUGCGAAUAUAGCCAACAGCGGUCACCUGUGGAUUACGUUGUGGAUUUUGGCGCUGGAUUAGGGCAUCUCGCACGCGUGCUUGGCUAUGGCUACGGCAAACAAGUAUGCUGUUUGGAAAUGCGUACGGAGCUAAAUGUUCAAGCCCGUUGCAUGGAUGAAAAUUUUGAAUUAUUCGCUGAAAAACAUUUACCCCCCAUGAAACGUGCGAAUCUAAGACGGCCAGAACAUGUAACAUUAUGCUUGACAUCGGAUAUGCAGCCGGAGCAGUUCCUCAGCAUUAUUGCUGAAUCGCUGCAAAGAACAGAUACCAACUUUCAAUUCGGUAUAAUUGGUUUGCAUCCAUGUGGCGAUCUAGCCGUCAUUUUGAUGCGUAUGUUCAUCAAUAGUCCGCAAGCUCGCUUCCUAAAUUUUGCUAGCUGUUGUUACAUGAAAUUAAGCACAGCUGAAACGCAAUCCAACGCGCAACUGCAUGGAUACCCACUCAGCCGAUACAUGCGGCAACGAGCCAAAUUAGCGCAUUUGAGCUAUGAGGCGCGGGAAAUAUCCUGCCAUGCUAUGGAGAUGUAUUGCGACCGUUUAGCUAAAGGCGAUUAUGAACACCUCAAAGUGCAUGCAUUUCGGGCAGCUACUGAACGCAUUCUAGUCAAGCACUGGCCUGAUUUAAAACAUUGCGGGCUGCGUAACGUAAAGCAUGUACCUGGCAUGCAAUUUGAAGAUUACUUCUACAAAGCAGUGCAAGGCUUAGAAGCCGCAAAUUUGCAGCGUAAGGAGCUGCAAUCCGCAGUAACACAAAAUGAUUUGCGUCACUGGCGACGUAUUGUUAUUUUUUAUACGCUUCGUUUAAUGUUUGCACCGCUAGUAGAGAGCAUUAUACUGUACGAUCGUGCCUUAUAUCUGCAAGAGAAUCGUAAGUCGCCAUUGUCAAGUGAAAAUUCACGCAGUAUUUGAUCCACGACUAUCGCCGCGCAAUCAUAUAACCUGCGCUUUCAAAACCAGCUGAUACGGGCAGAUCUUAUACAAAUAUAUUGUUAUGUACGUUACGUUCCUUCUGUGCCUGGGAUAAUAUUUGAUAAUUGAUCAGAAGAAUUUACAGUUUUAAGACAGCUGCGUAAGCGCAUGUAAAAUUUUUGAGAUUUUCUAAUAGUGAUUAAACCUUUAUAGGCAAUAUUAGCGUCUUAUAAAAAACCUUGCUCGGAAACUAUAUAAAAUUGUAUAACCUCCCGUUUCCAUGCAGGGCAUAUUUUUGAGAAGAAAUUCAGCCAAAAUACUUUUCAAGCAAAUUUAAAAAUUUUAGGUUAUGUUUUGUUAGCGAGUAUUAAUCCUCCCACAUACCUCAUAAUCGAAACCACCAUUAGUCUUGAUAUAGCAAAACAUUUGCAAGACUGAUCUUUAUUGCUUUAUUUGGAACGUUUAUUUAUACUAUUUGCUACUAUAUUUCAUCGUACAUUGUGGUGAUUAGUUAGACAGACAACAGCAAUCAGAUUAAAAAUAACAAGAAAAGAAAAGUAAAUAUUACGCUACCCACAUACUAAUAUACUUACCCUACUAUGUACAGACAAUAAAGACGAAAGAUGAGUUCGUUGCUUUGGUUAGCACAAGUAAAUGGCAAUUAUAAUAAGAAGAGCAAUUGUCACACAACAACAAUGGAAAUAAUAAUGAAAAUACAUAUAAAAAAUGACGCGCACCAUAGUUGCAUGUCCAUUUAUUCAAAGCUGUAUAAGCUUUAGCGCCUCAUUGAACGAUACUAUACGCAUUAUAAGUUCUACAUAGACACCUACAAACAUACACAGACUUACAAAUUUACACCUACACGAAUAAAUAUUGACUUACUGAUGCAUCUGUAUAGCAGACACUCGCAUAAAUUCUUCAAGAGAGCUCAGAAAUGUGAAUUGAAAUUGCAAUCUGGUACUUCCACUUCAUUAGUGCGACUUAACGACUGAGCAAUGACCAACAGACCCCAGCCACCGCUAUCGCUCGCCCUUCAUUCCAAAGCAACAAUAACACGUAUCUCUCUCCUCGUUACAAGCCAGGCAGUGAAAUGUCGGCGCAUUCUCUACCCGCCCCCAAUGUACAGUGAGAUGUUCUCAUGACGGGCACUAAUCUUCCAGACACGUGAGGUGGAAUGUAGGGGCGGCAUCUUGCGUUAAGGAGAUACCACAGUGGGGUAAUCAUCUAAUGAUAUGGAAUUAUAACUGAAAGAAACAAAAUGAAUUGGAAUGAGAUGAAAUGAAAUACAUUGAUAUGAAAUAAACAAAAAAAAAAUAAAAAAAAGGAAAUGAGAUGGUGUAUACUUAGUCCUGCCAUAAGUUCUGUUUUUAA